CUCUGCGCUCGCAGUAGUCGUCGGCGGCGGGAGGCCGGGCCCCGGGCGUGGGGGUGGGAGAGAGAGAGAGAGAGAGAGGGGAGAGUGGGGGGAGGCGGACAGCCACGUUACUGAGAGCGCGAGAGAGAGAGAGAGCGAGUGAGGAGCAGCAGCAGCCGCCUCCUCGCCAUCAUCAGCCGGUGACCCCCCCCCCUCCCCACCAUCCCCCGAAGCCAUGCCUCGCGUGUACGUGGGGAGACUGAGUUACCAGGUCCGAGAGCGGGACCUGGAGCGCUUCUUCAGGGGUUACGGCAAACUGCUGGAGGUGGACCUGAAGAACGGGUAUGGAUUUGUUGAGUUUGAAGACUCGCGUGAUGCUGACGAUGCUGUUUAUGAACUUAACGGGAAAGAACUUUGUGGGGAGCGUGUGAUAGUUGAACACGCAAGAGGACCACGCCGCGAUGGAAGCUAUGGUGGCGGAGGUGGUUAUGGGAGUGGUCGCAGCGGUUAUGGAUACCGUAGGUCUGGAAGAGAAAAAUAUGGGCCACCUGUGCGCACAGAGUUCCGAUUGAUUGUUGAAAAUCUUUCAAGUCGUUGCAGCUGGCAAGAUCUGAAAGAUUUCAUGAGACAAGCGGGUGAAGUAACGUAUGCAGAUGCUCACAAACAGCAUAUGAACGAAGGGGUCAUUGAGUUCAGGUCAUACUCUGAUAUGAAGAGGGCCUUGGACAAGCUGGAUGGCAGUGAAAUCAAUGGGAGGAAGAUUCGAUUGGUGGAAGACCGACCACGCAACAGCAGACGUUCUUCAUCUGGAAGUCGAUCACGAUCCCGGUCUCGAAGCCGUCGUCAUUCUCGUAGUAGAAGUCGAAGAAGCAGCAGAAGCCGAUCUGGCAGUGGCUCUAAGAGCAGAUCUCGUUCUCGGUGCGAAGCGCCUGACGAGAACUCGGUGCGUCCAAUUCUCUGGACUACUGACAAAUCAGCGGCAGGCCAAAGUUCUAAAUCCAGAUCACGAAGCAAGGAUCAUUCUCGGUCCAAAUCGAAAUCUCAAGAAAGGAAAUCCAGAUCGAGAAGCAUUUCCAAAGCAAAAUCUGAUAAACGCUCUCGCUCCAGGUCUCCAAGCCGAUCUAAAUCUGCAUUAAACAACAAAUCACACAGCAGAUCUCCUUCCCCCAAAGUGAAUGGGAAGGGAGAUGCUAAAUCGGUGUCACGUUCACGUUCAAAAUCCCGCUCCAGGUCAAGAAACAAGUCUACUUCUCCAGUGAAAACAAAGCCAAAAUCAGAAAAUCGUUCUAGGUCUCGAUCUAGAUCUGUGUCCAGGUCAAGAUCUCGUUCUAAGGAUUAGUAUCAACUUUUUGUAAUGAACACUGAAUUCCAGUUGGAUGUUUCUCUAAGCUAGCUGUAUAUGUAAAUGCACCAUUGAUGAGGACUCCAACAUUUUCAAAAUUGGAGUUUUGUUUCUUUCUAGUGUAGAGUACAGUGUAGGGAUGCUCAACUGUAUAUAAACUUUCAAAUUACCAAGUCCUAUCAAGCAAUAAGCAGUGCAAGUGGUAGCACUGAUGCUUUCCCCAUGAAUAUUGAUCACCAUUUCACAACAUAAGGUACUACUUGGCAGUGUGUUCAAUUUGGAUUUUGUUUUCCUAUUUUAUUACUGGAGUAGCUGCAGCACAGAUGUGUAUUAUGAGCUGUCACCGAACAUCUAAAUACUUUUUAUUUUAGUGCCAGAAGUGUACAUUUUUAAACUACAAGUGAGAAUAUUGUUGAACUUGUAAUUGGAAAUUCAAAUAAAAUAACUGCUUCCUGGCAUGACUUUGUAGGCGGUAGCCUCAGAGGUAAUUGAUUGGGGAGCGUGAGAGUAUAAUGAACCCCAGAACAUCAGUAAACAACAACUUGUAUUUCCAUUGCGCCCUUCACACGGGUAGUAAAACCAAGGAGAACUUCAUGCAAGACCCUCCUGUUUACUAUGAAAAGUAAUCUAUGGUAAUCUAUUUAGGUUAUUGAUUUCUUGCAAACCAGCAUUUACAUGCAUUUUACAUCUGGAACAUUCAAAAUAUGCAUGGUUUCAUUAAAACUAUACAGCAUUUUUAUUGUUGGAUGUUUUGUAUUUUUUUGUGGACCUUCCCUCAUUGAGUCUUAAUGUUUAAUAAAUACACCACUGGAUAAAGCA